GACGGGCCGGAGCCGCGGGAUUCAAACUCCCGGAAGCGGCGCCGGGCCGGGGCCAGACGGGCUGUGGUUUGGGGUGCUCGGGCCCCGUCCCGUCCCACGGAGCGAGAGCCGGCAGCAGGAUCCGGGAAGCCCUGCGCCUGACUCCAGCUGUCGGGAGCCAUGUCCUGCCCGCUAAAAGGGAUCGCUGUUCCGUGACGCCGCGUUUGGGUUUUACGGGCGCCGAAAGAUGAACCCCAAGACCGCCAAAGAUCGUAUUAUGGGCAAGUGGGGCUUAAAGUCGAGCAGCUCCAGAGCUGAGAGUGGGCUGGAGAAGGGUAAACAGGAGAGCGCUGGGCUGAGGAAUCAUCCCACGGAGGAAGCCGCCCCCGGGAGCGGCGGGAUGGCGGAGGCGGAGAGGAGCGGGCUCCUCCAGAAAAUACAUUCCCUUGAAAAAGAAAAAGAAAAACACAACCAUCUUGUUGGAGAGAAAGACAGGGAAAUCCAAAACCUGAAAGACAAGCUUAAGUCCAAAACCAGUAAUAGUGAAGUCUCCUUACUACGAAAUCAACUAGAGGAAAAAACAAAGGAAGCAGAAAGGAGAGAACAGUUACUUUGUUCUCUAUCAGAAGAAAUUAAUCGGUUAAAAUGUAAUUUAUCUGCUGUCAUGGCAAAAUGUUCUGAUCUCGAGAACAAAGCCAGUAGCACUUCUCAGGCAUCCCAGGAAGCUGUAACAAACAGCACUGAAGUUGAAAGACAAUUGAAAGAUGCUCUUGAGAAAAACCAACAGUGGCUACUGUAUGACCAGCAACGGGAAGCAUAUGUCAGGGGAUUGCUUGGGAGGAUCUUUGAACUUGAACAGAAGUCAGAAGUAGUUAACCAACAAGAAUCUAAAGGAUUCAGUUCAGAAGGUCAUCUGCAAAAGGAAAAGCAAGAAUACUAUGACCACCUGCUACUAACUGCUAAGAGGGAUCUUGAGACUGAAAGAUGCACUGUAACCCAGCUGAGAUCUGAACUUAAUGAAUUCAAAAAGAAAUAUGAAGAAACACAAGGAGAAAUAAUGAGUUUAAACGCCUCAUUGCAGUCACAACGGGUUGCUGAAAUGAAGGCUCAAGAAAAUGAAAAUAAAAUGAAAGAGAAAGUGCAGAGACUAAAACAGGAAAAUGAAAUUUUCAAAGAAAAGCUCAGAGAAGGAAAAAAAAAAGCUGAAGAUCUUUCUUGUCAGGUGCAACUUCUUCAUAAAUCGUUGCUCAAACAGAAAGAGGAGCACACAAGGAUAGCUUUGUUGGAACAACAGAUCCAGACAUGCACCACAGACUUAGAGAAUGGAAAGCUUGAUCGCCAGAACUUGGAGCAUCAGUUAAACAAAGUCCUCAAGGAACUGCACAAGGCCAGGGAGCAAAUAUCCCGUCUGGAACCUCUGAAACUCCGAGAAUCUGGACGUGUGGAACUACAAGAAGAUCUGCAAGCUCUGUUUGACGAGAAGCUGACCACGUAUGACAGAAGUCCUUCCCCAAAACAUUCAAGCCUCCUUGAUGAAAGUUUUCUCGAGUGUCCCAGAUGUAAAAUGAUGUAUCCAACAAGCCAGCACAGAGAAUUGUUAGCACAUAUUGACUUCUGUACAGCUUGAGCUCCAAAUGGACUUACUAUAUUUGCUUUACACAUACUGCCAAUAUGCUCAGCAAGAGAUCUUUUAAAGCUUUAUUCUUAAGGUUGCAUAAAGGA